AUGCUGUCCAUCGCCCUCAUUAUAUUGCUCGUGAACCCCCAUUUAUACAGGCCAGCCAUACGAAGUUACGCACUCGCUGUUUGCACGGCGGCGGGCAUGUUUGGUCUGAUAGGGGCUUAUGCUGCCGGAAGCACUCAGCAUCUGAAAACAUCCAUCUACAUCUUUGUCUUGGGGGCUGUGGUCCUCUUUGUCAUAGCUGUACUGUUCCUAGUGUUCUUGGAUAAGAAAGAUAUGGUCAGUGAACUGAAGCAAGAAAAUGCUGACAAAAAAGGAAAGGCAAAGCAUGCCAAGCGCAAAUAUCUGAUGCUGCUAGGAAUCCUUGUGGCAAGUGUCACCUACCAGGCUGGUCUAGAUCCGCCUGGGGGAGCUUGGCAGAACGACAGCAGUUGGUAUGAUGCAGGAAACCCGAUCAUGCAUGACAACAGGAGGCCCCGGUACCUUGCCUUCUUCUACAGCAACUCCACCUCCUUUGUGGCGUCCAUUGUUGUCAUCGUCAUGUUGCUGCCGCAGUGGUUGAAUAAGAAUAAAGAAUGGUCGCUCAAGGUCAUGAACACAACGAUUGUGCUGGAUUUGCUCGCCCUACUAGUGGCAUACGCAGCAGGAUCCAGCAGGGGGUGGAAGACAUCUGUGUAUGUCGCCGCGCUGAUCAUCGCCGUCCUGGCCUACGUUGCAAUCCAUAUAAUGCUGGCAUUGUUAUGUUGUCAUUCUCAUAGUGCUGGCAUUCCUCAGCAAAGGAGUCCAUGCGCCCAAGCAAAUUCUCAAUCACAGGAGCACGCGAGGAAUCAGGCACAGUUUGCUGCAAUGUCAACACCUUGA